GAAACGAGAGCAUGUUUCUUUUCAGACUGCGUGUGAUGCACGGAAGAGGAAAGAGAGAGAGAGUGUGAGUGAGAGAGCAAUCACAUUCACAGGGAGGAUUUUGGUGAUGCGCUGUUCAUUUCAGCACCACAAACCACCAUCAGAGAGCAGAAAGAAGAUGCGUUUGAAGAUGUGAGACGGUCGCAGCUCGGAUGUUAAAAGGGACUUGUUUACUUCCUAUCUAACACUUUUGAGAGUCUCCUUAAAUCACCUGCUGCCGGUCACAUGACGCACCACUGUGGCAACCUAAAUGGCCGGGGUGCUUGGCUUCAGCUUUGAAACGGCCAUGGAUUUUCCUGUCCACCUACUUCCCCAUUAGUCCCACCAAUUGGAAUCUGUAUCCAUUCGCUUCUUCAGAUUUUCCCCAACAACUCUGUGGAUAUGGAUCUUGUGUGCUUAAGCCGGACUCAAUACCAGUUGCUUGUCUUUCUCUGCUACUGGUUUCCAGUCUCCCUCCAGAAGCUGGAGACGCCACCGAUUGAGUAUGCCCACUCUAUCCGUCUGGAUGGCGAUAUUAUCCUGGGCGGCCUGUUUCCGGUUCAUUCUCGGGGUGAGCGUGGGGUUCCUUGUGGAGAGUUAAAGAAGGAGAAAGGCAUCCACCGAUUAGAGGCAAUGCUGUUUGCCAUUGACCUCAUCAAUAAAGACCCAGAUCUACUGCCCAAUGUGACAUUAGGUGCCCGAAUUCUGGACACCUGCUCGCGGGACACUUACGCUCUGGAGCAGUCUCUUACCUUUGUGCAAGCUCUCAUUGAGCGCGACGGUUCGGAUGUACGCUGUGCCAAUGGAGAUCAGCCCAUAUUCGCCAAACCCGACAAAAUUGUUGGCGUCAUCGGUGCAGCUGCCAGCUCGGUCUCCAUCAUGGUCGCCAACAUCUUGAGGCUUUUUAAGAUUCCUCAGAUCAGCUACGCAUCCACCGCUCCGGAGCUCAGCGAUAACACCCGCUACGACUUCUUUUCACGCGUCGUUCCACCGGAUUCAUACCAGGCGCAGGCCAUGCUGGAUAUAGUGACGGCGAUGGGCUGGAACUACGUCUCCACACUGGCUUCUGAAGGAAACUAUGGGGAAAGUGGUGUGGAAGCGUUUGUGCAGAUCUCCAGAGAAAUGGGCGGUGUGUGUAUCGCUCAGUCUCUGAAGAUCCCGAGGGAACCGAGGGCUGGGGAAUUUGACAAGAUAAUCCGGCGGCUCCUGGAGACCCCAAACGCUCGGGCCAUCAUCAUGUUUGCCAAUGAGGACGAUAUCAGGCGAGUGCUGGACUCCGCCAAGAGGAGCAACCAGACAGGUCACUUUCUGUGGGUGGGAUCCGACAGCUGGGGCUCCAAAAUCUCCCCUGUAAUCCAGCAGGAGAGAGUGGCUGAAGGGGCCAUCACCAUCCUGCCCAAAAGAGCCACUGUAGAUGCAUUCGAUCGUUAUUUCCGCAGCCGCUCGCUGUCCAACAACAGAAGAAACGUGUGGUUUGCUGAGUUCUGGGAGGAAAACUUCGGCUGUAAACUCGGGAUGCACGGCAAGAGGCCAGGAAGCCUGAAAAAGUGCACCGGGCUGGAGAAAGUGGGCCGGGACUCUAGUUAUGAGCAGGAAGGAAAGGUUCAGUUCGUGAUGGAUGCAGUGUAUGCGAUGGCUCACGCUCUCCACCGAAUGCACAGGGAAUACUGCUUCGGUUAUCCCGGACUCUGCCCUCGCAUGAGCAACAUCAAUGGGAAAGAGCUGCUGGGAUAUAUACGCAACGUCAGCUUCAACGGAAGCGCAGGAACUCCAGUGGUCUUCAAUCAGAACGGAGAUGCACCAGGACGAUACGACAUCUUCCAAUAUCAGAUCACCAACAAAUCCACAGCUGAGUACAAAGUGAUCGGCCAGUGGACAAACAAACUGCAUCUAAACGUGAAUGUGAUGCGCUGGCGGACAGGCGACCCCAGACUUCCAGCUUCAGUGUGCAGUGUGCCAUGUCAAAUGGGUGAACGUAAGAAGAUCGUGAAGGGUGUGCCCUGCUGCUGGCAUUGUGAGCGGUGCGAAGGCUACCACUUCCAGGCCAGCGAGUUCAGCUGCGAACUCUGUCCUUAUGAGCAGCGUCCAGACCGCAACCGCACCGGCUGCGUCCCCAUCCCUAUCAUCAAACUGGAGUGGCAUUCAGCUUGGGCAGCCGUGCCGGUGUUCGUUGCUGUUCUUGGCAUUUUGGCCACCAGUUUUGUAGUGGUCACUUUUGUCCGUUACAAUGAUACCCCAAUUGUCCGUGCAUCUGGACGAGAGAUGAGCUACGUCUUACUGACAGGUAUUUUCUUAUGUUACGCCAUCACCUUCUUGAUGAUCGCCACCCCCAGUUUAGGCAUCUGCUCCUUCAGGCGGGUGUUUCUUGGAUUGGGCAUGUGCUUCAGCUACGCGGCUCUACUAACCAAAACCAACCGUAUCCAUCGCAUUUUUGAACAAGGAAAAAAGUCAGUGGCCGCUCCACGCUUUAUCAGCCCUGCUUCCCAGCUGGUCAUCACCUUCAGCCUGAUCUCAGUUCAGUUGCUCGGUGUGUUUGUGUGGUUUGCUGUUGAUCCUCCACAUACAGUGGUGGACUAUGGCGAGCAGCGCACGUCUGAUCCAAUGAAGGCCCGCGGGGUCCUAAAGUGCGACAUCUCGGACCUGUCGCUCAUCUGUUCUCUGGGCUACAGCAUCCUUUUGAUGGUCACAUGCACUGUUUACGCCAUCAAGACCCGUGGCGUGCCAGAAACUUUCAACGAGGCCAAGCCAAUCGGAUUUACUAUGUACACUACCUGCAUCAUUUGGUUAGCUUUUAUACCAAUCUUCUUUGGCACUGCACAAUCGGCGGAAAGGAUGUACAUCCAGACCACGACCCUCACCAUCUCCCUCAGUCUGAGUGCGUCUGUGUCUCUGGGGAUGCUCUACAUGCCCAAAGUCUACGUCAUUAUCUUCCACCCGGAGCAGAACGUUCCCAAACGCAAGCGCAGCUUUAAGGCCAUUGUCACCGCCGCCACCAUGUCUGGAAAACUGGUGCAGAAGGGCAGUGAUCGACCCAAUGGAGAGGUCAAGACUGAGCUGUGCGAGAGCAUGGAGACCAACACAACAUUUUCCACCAAGACGACGUAUGUGAGCUACAGCAAUCACGCCAUAUGAGGAGGGGCAGUCUCUGGGGGCGGAGUCGAGGGCGGGGCCUGUCACAAGCAGGAUGUCUGCAUUGUGACGCGCGCUGGCAGGAAAACGGACCUGGAAUGGGCAUCUGAGCAUGAGAUUUUUUAUACCGUUCUGCAUCAAUCUAAAAAACCUGCAGCCUCCUGGGAGACGAACGGACAUUGGUGGAUCUUCCAGAGAGACUGCUGAACAAGAGCUACCGACCCUGCCAUGAACACACGUAAAAAAAACGCACACACUCACAAAACUCAAGGUGCAGGCUUGCAGUCAUACGAGAAAAAAAAUACGUAAAAAUAACUCUGCACAAGUAAUCGUGUAAACAUUCUGCAGACGAGAGCAUUCACGGUUAACUUUUGGAAAUGUGGAUGUAAAAACAAACAAACAAAGUACAAAAAAAAAAAGAGCGAGAGAGAAAAUAUAUGAAAACUACCAGAGUCGAGCUAUGUUUGUUGUUAUUGUAUUUUUGUGGUCGUGCAGAUUUUUUCAUUCUUGUCCCACUUUUGUCUGAAAGCUGCAUUCUGAGAUGACGUGUCUUGUAUUGGCUGACUGAACCGUAACCUGCGGGUUUGUGAAGCUGUAAAAUGCCAUGGUUGAAGCAUGCUAGUUUUUAUACCAAAAGAACAAACAAAAUAUGAAGAAGAUUUAUUUAUAAUAAAGGAAUGUUUUGCAAAUGUG